AUGGACAGCGCGCUGCGGGACUCGACCGGGGGUGCCGAGGAAGCAUUACUAUUGAACUCCGACGCGCCGGAGCGGCAGCGCGUCGCGAGCUUUUUGUCGUGCGUGUUCAACCUCACGAACACGAUCGUGGGGAGCGGCAUGCUCGGCCUGCCGGCGGCGUUCAGCAACGCCGGGUCGCUGCUCGGCUGCGCCUUCCUCGUGCUGUUCGCGUCGACUUCGGCCUUCGGGCUCCACCUCCUCGCGGCCGCCGCGCGCAUCGUGAGCGCCAAGGCCGGCGGCGACGCGCCGUCGAGCUUCCGCUCCGUCGCGACGGCGGCCGCGCCGCGCUUCGCCGUCCUCAUCGACGGGGCCGUGGCCGUGAAAUGCUUCGGCGUGGCGACGUCCUACCUCAUCGUCGUCGGCGACACGAUGCCCGUCGUCAUGGCCAAGCUCGGCGGCUUCGCGGCGAACCGGAGCCCGUGGAUCGUCGGCGCGGCGCUCCUCGUGGCGCCGCUCUGCUACAUGCCGCGCCUCGAUGGUUUGAAGUUCGCGAGCGCGCUGAGCCUGGGGUUCGUCAUGUUCCUCACGGUCAUGAUCGUCGAGUACUAUUUGGAGGGCGGCGGCGGCGGCGACGUCGGCACGACGUCGCUCGCGGUCUUCGACCUCGACACGGCCAAGACCAUGACCAUCUUUAUUUUUGGCUACACCUGCCACCAGAACAUCUUCGCCGUCGUCAACGAGAUCAAGCGCCCGACGCCCGCGCGGCUCGACGCGGUCGUGGCGACGUCGAUCGGGACCGCGUGCGGCAUCUACCUCUUGGUCGCGGUCUGCGGCUACAUGACCUUUGGGGACAAGGUCCAGGGCGACAUCCUCGACAACUACCCCGUGGAGCCGGCGAUCACCGUCGCGCGGGUCUUCGUCGCGGCGCUCGUCGCGCUGUCUUUCCCGCUCCAGUGCCACCCGUCGCGCGCGUGCGUCAUGAGCCUGCUGCAGGGCGCGCGGCCGCCGCCGCCGGACGACGCGUCGGACGCCGCGCUCGCCCUCCGCAAGCGCGCCGAGGACCGCCGGACCCGCGCGGAGCACGUCGCCGUCACGACGGUGUUUUUGGUCGGCGCGACGCUCAUCGCGCUGUCCGUGGAGUCGCUCUCGACGAUCCUGUCCGUCGUCGGCGCGACGGGCUCGACGGCCGUGUCCUACAUCCUGCCGGGCGGCAUCUACUACCGCCUCGCCGAGCCGUCCCCGAAGCGGACCCUCGCGCUCGGCCAGUUCCUCCUCGGCUGCUGCAUCGUCCCCACGGCCCUGACGCUCAUCUUCGUCUAG